UUAAUUUAUGCAGACUUGUAUUAAGACAAACUGGAAUAGACGAUUUUAAAAUCAAGUAGUUCAAAAACGUUUGACAUUCAAGUCUAAAAAAUUAUUAGGAUUAUUUAUUGUAAUGUUGUAAAAUUAUUUGUCUAUUAUUUUACAUAGAAAUAGAAAAAGGAUCGCGUAUUAAACAAUCAGGACAGUCCCUCCUUACUCACAAUGCCCAUACGUAAUCUUUAUGCUCGUCAAAUAUUUGACUGUCGGGGACAUCCCACCGUAGAAGUGGAUCUCAUCACCGAAUUGGGUCUUUUUAGGGCUUCGGUCCCUGCCGGAGUAACCACCACGGCGUCAGAAUACGAAGCAGUCGAAUUAAGAGAUAACGAAAAAAAUAAUUUCCACGGUAUGUCUGUGUUUAAUGCUGUAGACAACAUUAAUGACGUAAUAGCUCCAGAAAUAAAGCAAUCAUGUUUCGAAGUAACCCAGCAAAAGGACCUGGAUAAUCUUCUUCUUGGUCUGGAUGGCACACCCAACAAGAGUCGUUUAGGGGUAAAUGCCACCUUGGCAGUUUCGGUUGCAAUUGCGAAAGCUGGGGCAGCAAAAAGAGGAGUCCCUCUAUACAGACAUGUUAGUGAUCUGGCGGGAAACAGGACUUUUGUGCUACCGGUUCCCUGUUUUAACGUGAUAACCGGAGGAAUACAGGCCGGAAACAAAAUACCUUUCGAAGAAUUUCUAAUAAUGCCCACGGGAGCCACUAGUUUUGCGGACGCUAUGAAAAUGGGCACCGAAGUGUACCAUAAUUUGAAAAAGCUCCUGCUGGCUAAAUAUGGGACGUUGGCGUUUUAUACGACUGAAGAAGGGGCAUUUGCUCCUAACAUAAAAAACCCCAAAGAUCUCCUUACCAUCCUGAACAAGGCAAUAGACACUUCUAAGUACAAGGGUCGCGUAGAAAUAGCCAUGGACUGUGGUGCGUCCACUUUUUACAAAAAAGGCAAGUACGACCUUAAUUUCAAGCAAAAAAAAUCGAACCCAAAGUCUUGGCUAACCGCUGAUAAACUUAUGAAACAAUAUCUCGAUUUCAUUAAAAAAUUCCCGAUCUGUUCGAUCGAAGAUCCUUUUAAUAUGGACGAUAGUUGGAAAGAUUGGAAAUCGAUCUGCGAGAAGACCUCAAUACAGGUCGUUGGAGAUUAUUUGACCGUUUCUCACCCCGAACGAAUCAAACAGGCCAUCGAGAUGGAAGCAUGCAAUUGCGUGUCAUUAAAACUCAACCAGGCAGGGACUUUGACGGAAAUAGUUCAGGCUUGCAUGUUGGCUAAACAAAAUGGACUUGGAACAGUCUUAUCUCAUCGUACCGGCGACACCGAAGACACGUACAUCUCUGAUAUUGUUGUCGGUUUGAAAUGUGGGCAGUUGAAAGGGGGGGCACCGUCUAGAUCUGAGAGAAUGGCGAAAUAUAAUCAGUUACUCCGUAUUGAGGAAGAACUGGGACCAUACGCCACGUACGCGGGGAAAGCUUUUCAAAAUCCAGCAUAAAAACGAGAAAAAAAAUGGAAAAACAACGUGUAACAUUGGAAGUUUUACAUACACAUAUAAAUUAGAAAAAUCAGUAA